AUGGAAAAUCUGAUUCGCUUGGACCUAGCUCGAAACAAACUCAACGGUCCAAUCCCUCAUUCUAUGGCUAAUUUAACUAAACUAGAGAAGCUCUAUUUGUUUGAGAAUCAAUUAUCUGGUCCGGUGCCUUCAGAAAUUGGAGGUAUGGAAAAUCUGAUUGACUUGGAGCUAUAUGGCAACAUACUCAAUGGUCCAAUCCCUCAUUCUCUAGCUAAUUUAAGUAAACUAGAGUUGCUCUAUUUGUAUGACAAUCAAUUAUCUAGUCCAGUGCCUUCAGCAAUUGGAGAUAUGGAAAAUUUAGUUGACUUGAGACUAUCUCUAAACAAACUCAACGGCCCAAUCCCCGUUUCUCUUGCUAAUUCAAGUAAAUUAGAAGUGCUCAAUUUAUGUGAGAAUAAAUUAUCUGGAAGCUUGCCACAAAAAAUAUGCCAAGGAUCAAUUCAAUAUCUUUCAGUUUUAAACAAUAGUCUCAUGGGUUCUAUUCCAGACUUCAGAAAUUGCACAAGUUUAAGAAGAGUUCGACUUGGCAUCAACCUAUUUGUAGGAAAUAUAGCUGACAAUUUGCUGUGCAUCCACAUCUUUAUUACAUUGAUAUGA